CUUCUCAGACAGCACUUGCUAUGGAGAUGGGCAGCUAUGAAUCAGAUCAGGUUUAUGAAAACGUGGACAUCAAGCAGCCGCCAAGCAGGAGAGCAGGAGCGCAACAUGGGGAAUCGGCAACACCUGUGGAUUCUUCUGAUAGACCAGCAGCUUCCUGUGGAUGGGCUGUGUGGCUUCUUAUAGCUCUGAGCUGCCUGCUGCUGGCAGCCAUUAUAGCCCUGGGGGUGCUCUUUUAUAACCUGCAGGCUAAGAACCUCGAACUUCAAUCCCAGUAUUCAGAACUGGAUAGGAACUACACGGACAUCUCUGCCACAGUCUCUGACUUCCAAACCAAGAACCUUGAACUCCAAUCCCGAUAUUCAGAACUGGAAAGGAACUACACAGACAUCUCUGCCAGAGUUUGUGAAGCCUGUCCACAGAACUGGGAGCUGUUCAAUGGCAAGUGUUACUACUUCUCCACUGAUAGAAUGAACUGGCACUCCAGCCGUGAUAACUGCACAUCACUGGGGGGGCACCUGGUGAUUAUAGAGAGCGAUGGAGAGCAGAUGACAGACCACCGGCACAGACACAGCUCAACUGAUAGAGGUUUGUUUUCUGUUCAGAGAUUCCUAUCUGGGAAAGUCACACAUGAGGCUAAAACAAGCAACGAAGAAGAGCAAUCCUACUGGAUCGGCCUGACUGACGCUGUUACUGAAGGAACCUGGCUCUGGGUGGACGGCACUCCUCUCAUUGGCAAUGUCAAAGCAAAAUUCUGGGCCACAAGGACAGAUGGUAAAAGUAAUGAGCCUGAUGACUAUAAGGGAGACGACCCCGCUGGUGAAGACUGUGCACAACUAGUAACAAAUAGCAAUUUUAAUGAGACCUGGUUCGAUACCUCGUGCACAAAACAAAAUAAAAGGAUUUGUGAAACUAAGGCAGUGAUAGCCUAAUAAGAGGAUAAUCAGGAGAAAGGGAAGCUAAGGUUACUGAAUCACAAAGAGAGACUAGAAAGAAUAGAAGAAACUCAGUUCAGAUAGACAAGCAUGCAGGUCAUCCCCCAACAUUACCAUAUUAACCGUUUGAUUCCCACAUUAUGAAAAAGCAGAGAUAACAAUGAGCUGCUGGUGGUUUGUACUGAAUGAAGUCUGGAAUUUAUUAUUAUUAUUAUUAUUACAUUUCUUAGCAGACGCCCUUAUCCAGGGCGACUUACAAUUGUUACAAGAUAUCACAUUAUUUUUUUACAUACAAUUACCCAUUUAUACAGUUGGGUUUUUUACUGGAGCAAUCUAGGUAAAGUACCUUGCUCAAGGGUGCAGCAGCAGUGUCCCCUACCAGGGAUUGAACCCAUGACCCUCCGGUCGAGAGUCCAGAGCCCUAACCACUAUUCCACACUGCUGGAAUUGCAUUGUUUGUUCAGAAAUGAAGCUGAAACAUUAAGAAUCUCACAAUAUGAAAGUGCAGCUGAGAUAUAAACAUGAUCUUAGGUAGUUUAGCAACGUGAACAGAAAGGUCAGUGUUUAUUUAAAACCACUGCACACACGCACCCAGGGGACUCCCUAACCCUGAUCUUUUGUAAAAUAAAUAAAUAUUGGAUUUACCCAAAUGUAAUGUGAAAGUACUCUAGGAGGGUAGGAACAGUUAUCAUGUUCACCAUGCAGAGUGGGACAGACAGAAAGACCCGAUCAGUGAAGAAAGCUCCACAUCUUGAAUGAGGACCCCAGCAACAAGAUUGGGAAUCAAAGGCUUAAUCGUAAUGAUGGGGAGAUUCAACCUGAUUCCUCACAGAGAGGGGCCAGCCCUACCUGAUAGAAGGUUUGUUUUCAUUGUUGCGCCCCCUAGUGGCUCAGAGAGGGAUGACUGAUUGUCCCACAUAAUCCAGACAGUAUUCCUGCUGUCCAGCUGAUCAUGUCUAAACUGUAUCUGAGGGCUCUGCUCUGUGCUACAGGUAGUGGACAAAAAAAUGGAAACACCAAUGUAAAGUCACUUAAUAGGGUGCUGGGCCACUAUGGUAGACCACUCUGUGGAGUUUUUGGCGGACCGUUUUUGAUGAAACUGGCUGCUCGCGCCCCAGGUUGAAAUUUGCAGUCAAAUGAUCUACAAUUGCUCGCCUGUUUUGCCUUGCACUUCGGAUUAAUGCACGGAUAUCACAAUCCUGGACUAUGCACUUCCACCCACUGUUGCCCUUUGCUGAUGAUGUCUUUCCCUUGGAGUUCCAUUCCGACAUCACCUUAGACACCGUUGCUCGUGAAACAUCAACAAAUUGAGCUGUCUUGGUCACUGAAGCUCCUGCCAAACAUGCCCCAACAACCACCCUUCUUUAAAAGCCACUGAGGUCUCCUCUUGCAGCCAUGCUAGCCAUAAUUAUAGACAACCAGGCCUGUCCAGCAAUUUUAUACAUGACCUUAAGCAUGCAGGGAUGUUAUUUGCUUAAUUAACGCAUGAGCCACACCUGUGUGGAAGCCCUUGCUUUCAAUAUACUUGGUGUCCCUCAUUUACCUAGGUGUUUGGAUUUUUUGUCCACUACCUCUACAAUGAACCCACUGAAACAACUACUUCAGUAGAUUAGUAUUAUCAUUUUAUAUCCCUGUACUGCACAGCUACCCAUUAUAAAAGUUCACCCUGGCAAAUGCUUUACAAUACAUAUCUGUGCUUCACCUGCUCGCCUUUGCUUUACCAUGAUUGUGCUGUGCUUCAAAUAUGCUUUUAAUAUAUUUUGCUGUGCUUUUACCCUGGUAUACCACAAACUUUUAAAGGGAGACAAAGAUCAUUUUUAUAGAAUAUUAUGGCUGACGCCAUUGUGACUACAGCUCCCAUGAUCCCUCACUGGUACUGCUGGGGUAGAGGAUGAUAGGAGCUGUAGGCACUGUAUUGAAUAUGCAGCCUUCUGUCUUUACCCAUAUUUAAGGUUGUUACCUCACAAUCCUGUAUUGAUAAAAUGUGCAUUAUAGGUUUUAUUGUAAAAUGUUAUCAGUGUGAAAAACACCAAAGAUGUAAACAAAUGAGAAGGAGAGCUCCUGUUCCUCUUCCCUUUGUUUCCAUUUGUGGUGUUCUUCCCUGGGCUGAAGCAGAGCUCCCUGUAUAUACAGCGUUCCUAUCAUACCCCCCUGCUGCUGGAGGGAGCAGCAGGUGAAUGUAUUUGUAUUUAACUCUGUAGACCCUUCUGCACUGUAUUUGGUAGUGAUUCUGGGGGGACUAUUCAAGUUUGUUUAUUAUUUGAGUUAAUUAAACAUUUUUUAUUGUGAA